AGAGGCGGAGCCGCGUGUUUCGUCAGCUCUCAUUCUCCUCAGCAGGCUCCUCCGUUGUGAAAAAUAAAAAUAAAGCGCGCAUGGAGGACGACAGGAUGGAGCGGAUGGAGUCGAUGGAGCCGAUCUCGGCGCACUACACCACAGCGUACCCGGAGAUCCAUCCCGAUAGCGGGUACGAAUCCAGAGAGACCACCGACAGCCAGGCGAAGUCUCCGGCGGCUCCGACAUACGAUGAAGAAUUCGUGCACAAGACAAUCCUGGUCGGUGACAGUGGAGUGGGAAAGACGUCGCUGUUGGUGCAGUUCGAUCAGGGGAAGUUCAUCCCCGGCUCCUUCUCCGCUACAGUGGGCAUUGGAUUCACGAAUAAAGUGGUGACUGUUGACGACGUAAAGGUCAGACUACAGAUUUGGGACACAGCGGGACAGGAAAGGUUCAGAAGUGUGACACAUGCGUAUUACAGAGAUGCACAUGCUUUGCUCCUCCUGUACGACAUCACCAGCAGAACCUCUUUCGACAACAUAAGGGCAUGGUUAACAGAGAUCCAUGAGUAUGCACAGAGCGAUGUAGUCAUCAUGUUGCUGGGCAACAAGGGUGACAUGAGCAGUGACAGAGCCAUCAGGAGAGACGAAGGAGAGAGGCUGGCCAGAGAGUACUCGGUUCCUUUCAUGGAGACAAGUGCCAAGACGGGGGUCAACGUAGAGCUGGCCUUCACCGCUGUUUCCAAGGAGCUGAAGCACCGGGCUGUCCAACAUCCCAAUGAACCCAAGUUCCAGAUUCAUGAAUACAUUGAAGCACAGAAGGAGAAGUCGGGCUGCUGCAGCUACUUCUAAAUCUCCUCUCCUGAGCCCUCCUCCCACCUCUCUGGUACUCAGUGGGAGGAAGCCCUAUUACCGUAACUCACUGCUGCUCCCAAAAUAUGAUGCUGCCAUUCAUUCAAGACUAAAAGCCAAAAGGACAAACCAAGCUAGAAGCCACGGUUUUUGAUUAGCCGCGCCGCCGACGUUUACACAGCAACUAAAUUCAAUUCAAUUUGUUUUGUACUCAAAUAAUACAUGUGCCUCAGAGGGAUUUACUAUCUGCACACAUACAACAUCCUCUGUCGUGGUGUAAAUAUUUGUAGUGGAAAUGUUAUGCAAAAAGUUGUUUGAGAAAAUGAAGCCUUAUGCCAUCUGCUUUCUUUGUGAGAGUUAGAUGAAAAGAUCCAAACCAUUCUUGUGUUGCCUGUUAGGCACAGAGGAUGUGGUUAGUCUAGCUUAGCUUAGAUGCUAAAGGAAACAGCUAGCCUGGUUCUGUCCGAAGUUUAAAAAUACACCCACAGCUCCAAAGAUCUUAAACGCGUGUUCUUUUUUUCUAGCAUACCUACCGACUUACCCAGCACUUAAUGCAGAGGAAGUAAUAGAUUGAAAUCACAAUACUUGUAAACCUUUCUAAACAAUAACAAACACACAAAAAAAAUAUAUAUAUUUUUAUCAUUUAUAGUUAGCAAUAAACACAAACCGUUGAGGCUGAUGGGAAUGCCAUGUUGCGACGUAUUGGUCAUAAACAUAGACCAGUUGGUAUAUUUUGAAGCCCUGAGCUUUAACAUUUUGGCAGUUGCCAUCUUGUUUUUUUCAUGCCACCAGAAGUUGACACGAGAGGGUGGAGCUAAGUACAAACCAACGCUGAAUAUGACAUGUUUAGGCAACCGACAUGUUAUACCUUACUGCCAUGAACUAAAAAACACACUGUGAAACGGUUAAAGUUGUAAGACUAAAACACGGACACUUGUGAAGACUUUUCACUUAAAAAACAGAAAUCUCAACCCAUGGCGGCACUAGAGCAAAAGUUCCGACUUACCAAAUGCACGGACAUGAGCUUGAUAUCGAUCUUCUUAUCUAACCAAUUAUUAUUAUAUCAUUCAUGCUUCUUUGAAUAAUGUUUUUAUUAUUGUUUGCCUUAUCAGACUCAGACUAUCUCAGACCAACAAUACUUUUUCCUCCUUUUAAUUUACCAUUAAGUCACUGCUGACGGAAGUACAACGAUGUGACAGCAGUUUGCCAAAGUGGAAGAAACUUAAAAACCGCAUACACCCACACACCACCGGCACCCGCAAGACGAGCACACAGUCUCAAAGCAGACUUAGGUUGGAUCCGCUUUUGCAAAAAGUCAACAUUGCAACAACCUCGUAUGUAUGCAAACCAAGAGAUCCAGACAAAAGGCCACACACUGUGUCGUGGAUGCAAUUCAAAGCCAAGCGCACAGACAAAAGCCCCGUCUGUUCAUAAGCUGGUCAGACUGGUGUUCCUGACGAACUGUUGUGGAGAAGUGACAGCCGGCCGCUUGGUGAAGGCCCGCUGACUCAAGAGAAGCUCAAGGACACAGCUGGGGGUUAAGGCCAAUGUGAAGACUGUAACCACAACUCUAUUUAUGAACAUGUGGAGGAACACAAAUGUUUUAGUCAUGUGAAAUGUGUGUCUCCAGAGGAAGCUUGUUGCAUAAGACCAAACAUUUCAUGAGCCAGUUGACAAUGAUCUGUGGUUGGAUUUUCAAUUUGGUCCUUUAUAUAGGAAACAUCUAUGUACAUAUUAUAUUUGUGAGUGAGCAGUUUUUUGGAAAAAAAG